CUGCGGCUACGUAUGUGGGACUUUGCUCAGUGUGAUCCCAAACGUUGUACUGGCGCCCGGCUAGCAAAGCGCGGCAAAUUACAACGGAUGCCGUUGAAACAGCCGUUUCGUGGUAUCGUUCUGAGUCCACGCGGAGAAGUUUCGGUGAGUCCAGCAGAUGCGAUGAUCUUAGAGCAGUCUGGGAUGUCACUGAUUGACUGUUCUUGGGCGCGAUUGGAUGAAAUUCCGUUUCGUCAAAUGCAGUCCGGCCACCACCGUUUACUUCCAUUCCUCGUCGCCGCAAACACUGUCAACUACGGUCGACCAAGUAAACUGAGCUGUGCGGAAGCCGGCGCGGCGACAUUGUACAUCUGUGGGAGAAAGGAAGCCGCCAAGUCGCUUCUCAAAGAAUUCUCCUGGGGAGACGAAUUUCUCAAGCUCAAUGGAGAGCUUCUGGAGCUGUACUCAUCCUGUGACACCGCGGACGAUGUUGUUACUAGGCAAAAUGAAUGGCUCGAGAAAAAUGAA